GAAAAUAAAACCAAACUUAACCAAUGGAAUAGAUUUCUUUAGAAUUAAAUCUAAUCCUCAAGGUUUUAGGUACAAAUGCGUGAAGCAGUACUGCAAUGGCAAGGUAAUCGCAUAUUCAAUUGCCAUCUUGCUACCCGUAUCUGCGAGAUACUCACUAAGCCCUUUGAUUUUGAUGCAUACGUUGGAUAUUGUAUGGGACAAUUGCGCUUUGCUCAUAUCUGCUAAUAUGCAUACUUCUUUAGUAUAUGUAAUUUUCCACAAACUGCAUCUUUUUCCUAUCAAACCUCCUUUAAAAUAUCCCAAACAAAGAGGUUCUGCCCAGU